CGAGAGCACUCUCAUCGACGGCCAUCUUCAAUGCCGGGUUCUUAUGAGGGUUGUAAGGAAGGACAAAGAAAAACGUGAACAGUUAGGAUCCUUAGAGAGAGAGUAGAAACAGCUCAUUUCACCAAUGAAGCGUACGUGCUCUCCAGACUCGAUAACGCCGCUAAAUUACUCCAUCGUAACCACGGAAGGUUUGGAAAGACCCGAUUUCGUCAACGAUUCACAAAGUUACAUCUUGGGAGGUGUUCUAGGAGCUGGAAAGUUGGCUUGGCUAGCUCGUGGUGCUACUUUGGAAGUUAUAAAUACCUUGAAUGGUGAGAGGCAAGCGUGCUGUCGAUUUGGUUGGGGCCCCACACGGCAGCGAUUUCUGUCCAUUUCUUCCGUCAGCGAAUUUCAUAUCGAAGACGGUACAAAGCUCCUGGUUGGGCUGAAGGAUUUAUCAAGUGGUGGUGCAGGAGUUUUGGUCAUUUUUGAUCCUUUGUUGUCGCGGGUGAUUAAAGCCAUUGAGGUUCCGUACCCUGUCACUGUAGUAGAAAGCGUUACCGGCUCUGGUGGAGCUCAAGCAGCUCCUCAUGCUCUCAGUCCCCAGUUAAGGCUGCUAUUUGGUAUUGCAGCUGUUGGUACUGAACAAGGGCACUGUUAUUUAGUGGAUCUUCGCCUUGAUGACGAAGAUGAACAGUUUGACGAGUGGCGCACAAGCCCUGUUGAAGUGAUUGAUCCUUUAGCAUGUGAUUUGGCUCAACUCAGAAACACUGCCAGGACCACUGAAACUCAUUUAGGAAUUGAAAUGGGAGGUUGUUGCCACACCUUUGGAAGAUUUUCAUACGCAAGUUGUGACUUUACUGAGUUAAAAAGCUUGUUUUCAGGUGAUGUGUUUGUAACAGCCGUCAAGUAUAUAAGACAAACAAGCUCCUUGGUUGUGGGAUUCAACUUUGGCUGCUUCCAAAUGUGGAAUAUGGAAACUCUAACACAUGUUUACAGCAGCCAGGUUGGGCAGUAUUAUUCAGCUGUCACCCACUUCAUGUACCAGGAGCCAGAGAAUGAUCCACGUUAUUGCUGUUACUUAUGGGUAGCUCGGGGUCCACUUGUUUUAGAAAACUGUCCCGAGACUCCAGCAACACUGACUUUAUAUCAAUUGGUUUUUGCCUCAAGAGACAUAUUGACAGGUUAUGGGGUGAUCUACAAGGAACUUGGUGGUGUUGGUCGUCGAUUUGAACAUCAGCUUACUUCUGAUGUUCAUCAUCUUGCUGAUGCUACAUCAGUUGGAAGUAAAAUUGUGUGCUGUUACACUUUAGAAAAAGGUUACAGUUCAUUGGACAAUCUGAGGGUGGAUGGGAGUGCAGGUGCUGAGAGUGAACAUUUUCGGGAUCUUACUCUGGCUGUAUGUGUUUGGGAAGCUCCUGCACAGGAUCCACAAUCCAGGCCCACAUGUCAUUUGGGGAUCUUUGAUAUUAAUUGUUGGUACCAUUCACAAAUGCCCCCAUCUAUUAGAGAUGCCAUGUUUGGUAGUAAGGAUCCAACAUGUCCCUUUUUUGCUUUCUUUUCACUGGGGGACAUCUUAGAUGCUGCAUCACCUGAUGGGAUUGUGGAUGUGUUUGUGGAUGCUAAGUCUGUUGACAGCUUUAUAUCAACUGCAGGGUCAAUGCUGGAGCAGCACAUAUGGCCAGCAUCUCUAAAAUUUGAUGCUUGUUGCUUAUUGGAGACAGGACUUGUGCACUCCAAAUUCUUAGGAGUUCAACGUCAGAUUCUUUCUAACAUAAGCAAGCAGGGAUUCAGUUGCCUUUCUGAUGUGCAUGAGUACUUCAAUACAUGUUAUGUUGCUGGUCUUCUCCCAAGAAAUUUUGACCUUUCCAAGCCACAGGACAGAACUUUUCACUAUGGGGCUCUUCUCUCAGUUGCCUUAGAGCAUGGCUUGGUGACUUUCAUCACAUUGUGCAUUCAGAAACUGGGGGCAGGAAGUGUGACUCAUGCAGGCUGCAGUUUGAAGUUGAUACUGGAUUGGGCAUGGGAACGUGUUGUGGACAUAAAAGACCAGUUAGAUCAGCUUUGUGUUCCACUGUUUGAUGGUGGAGGUGGCACACCUGAUGAGCAGAUGCUUUUAAUGUUAGACAAUCAGAAGGUGCAGCUGGCCCAUUUAACAACUGUAUUCCAGGCUCUGAUAACCAAGUCAGCUCCAACUACUUAUCAGGGUUUGAAGGACUUGGAAGCAAGAUACAGUGUUGUUGGAAUUCUUGCACUGUAUCUUAAAGUUGUUCUUUGGCUUAUUGGACAAGGCUUAUUGCCUGAACAAUCAGAGGGCUCAGUUACAGGACUUAAAAGAGGACACUGUUACCCUGCUGUGCCUCUUGCUGAGGCAUGCGAGGGCAGACGUAAAGACUUGGAAAACCUUUGUGGCAGUGAUCCAGACUCAGUUGGCUUGAUGGUAGACAAAGUCAUUAAUCAUCUUGGCCAUCAGGGAGUGAGCCAGUGGAUAACUAAGGGAGGAAGCCAGCACUACCCACCCAACAGUUUACAUAGUCUGUGCAGUCUUUACCUACUUGAAAAGGUUCAUCCUAAGUGGAAACAUGCUAUUGUAUUCUAUCUGUUGCUUGACUUAUGUUUUCUGGAUUCUGAACUUCAAAGAAAUGAGGUGGCCGCUAAAUUCGCCAAAGCUUUCAGCAUGUCAGAGGAUUUAAUCACACUCAUUCACGGAUUUUGGCUUCUUGAUCACCAAGACUUUGAGGCUGCAGUAUCAACCUUACUUGAUCCAGUGAUAAUAACUGAACUUGGCCCAUGGCAGAGACGUUUCAUUAUCAAGACUCUACUUGCCCAAGGGGAGCCUCAGAAAGCACUGCAUUACAUGAAGGUCACAUUUCCCACUGUUCAGGAGCUCAGUGAUGUCAAGUUAUUUAUCACUGUAUUAUUGACCAACGGAAAAGUAAUAGAGGCAUAUCACUUUCAGAAAUGUCACCAAAACCUGAGAAGAGGCAAAGAGUUGCUAUAUCAUUUCUUCAAUAGCUGUCAACAGACUCAAAAUAUGACCAGACUCUUCCAACUCCCUCUAGAGUUUGCCGAGGAGGACUUUCUGGUAAAUUUUCUUCAAGAAGAAACAUUUCCACAUUCCAAGGAACUGCUCGUGAUGUACUACUUUCAAAAAGGACGUUAUGUGGAAGGAAUCAGGCUUAAUGAACUCCUCAAAAAGGAUAAAUGGGCUGAACAAGACGAGAGAGCUAAAGUGAGAAAUGCCUUGGCUGAUGCUUAUAUGAGAUGUUUACCAAGAGUAGAACGCAAACUUGUCUUUGGACCUGGGAAGGCUAUGUCUCAACAACGUGUAACCUUGACCGAAAGUAUGCGCAUUCCACGACCCAAACCCCUGUCAACUGUUGUACACAAAGUAGACAAGGGCAAUCCAGUCUCUCGUGCUGUGAUUUUGAGCUCAGCUAUGAAUAAACUGCAGGAAUUACGAUCAGCAGAACAGUUUACAUUCCAGAAAGAAGCAGAACCUUUCAUCUGUACUCCAGUGACUCCAAGAACAAAAAGUAGUUUAAGUGAUUCAAAUAAGGUGGGAGUUCUUUACGCAUCAGAAAGUAAACAACCUAUACAGGAUACAUUGGAAAGUAAAAAGUCUGAGAAUGGAAACUAUGUGAAAAAAGUGUCCUCACCAACAUUUCUGGAUAAAAGAAGCCGGCGGCACUUUUUCUCUGGUGCGGAAGCUCUUUCAUUGCUAGCAACUCCUCCUGUCGUGAAAUUAAACCCGACCUCUGCGAGAUCAUCUGUGGGAAAACCGGAAGGAGUUAGUAUUGCUACACCACAGUCAAUUUUAAAGGUAACAAGAGUAUUGCGUCGCCCCUCGCCUCAACCCUCACCCACAUCGUCUCCUCCAACGACUAGGCGUGGCUCCUCUGAUCCACUGUUGUCAAAGUCUGUCGAAACUCAAGCAACUGACAGUGUAAUUCAGGAUGAUGAUUUAACAACUCCAAACAGGCGUAUAAGAUUUGCCAGUGAAACUGCUUCAUCUCCUUCUACAAGGUACAAACACACACAUAAUUGA